UUGUGAAAUGCAUAAUCAACGCGAAAAUGUUUGAAUAAACCACAUAAAAAUGACUUAUGAUCGAGAAGUCGUCGUCCAAGGCAUGCUGCGGUACUACCGGCUGCUCGCUAAGCUUGCCUACCUGGAGGACUCAGAGAUUCUGGUGCCGCCUCCGACAGGAUGGCCCGACGAGCAGCUGCUCAUGGGGAUGCUGGUGUCGACUAACCGAUCAGACUUAGUCAUUGACCUCGUCAAACACUUACCAUAUCUCCGCCGCGACCGCGAUCUAGAAAUCUAUCCGCCGUGCCGCGCUGUCAGCUAUCUCCGGGAGAGCGCCGACCAAGAUGCACAGUCACCAAAGACAGCCAGACGGUACUUUCACCUGCAGCUCAUGCCCUUUGGAAUCACCAUCAAGGCGCCUGGGAACAUGAUUGUGCUGGCCUCGGAUCUGAGGGUAGACGCCUGGGUCUUGGACAUUGACGACGACGUUGUCUACCAUUGCGAUUCGACGCUGUGGGACGAGAAUGCCCGCGACGAUGAGCCCUGGAAGCAGUUUGGGAAGCGCCGUGGGACACGUGCGUUUUUUAAUUACAUGUGCAGACUGCUGGAGAGACUGGUGAUUGUCCCGGUGCCGGAGCCUGUCUUGUGGUUUGAAGGUGGGCGGUCUGGCAAAGGACGACGUAUUAUUGGUCUCUUGACGCGGCAUGGGUGGCCGGACAAUCUGGAUAAGGAGGCAUAUCUGGAGUCUAUAAGGGAAUAUGAUGCGGCUGUGAGGCGUAAGAUGGUACGGGACGCGGAGCGUGAAGAAGCAGAAACACAAGGUGAAGACUAGUGGAUUGAUUGCCAGUUUGUUUUUCAAACAGUCAACACGCGUUAUUUGCAAGCUUGCUAAUAUUUCCUACGUAUUUCGCCGCUUCUCUAGAGCAACGGAUAGAUCAAACUUGAACCCGCGCGCCGGGCCUCGCGCAGAAAACUUCCAUCCACCACGCGCAAACAACUGUCCAUUUUCCGCCAAAACCUUUAAAAGCAGCGCAGUUCUCUCGUCCUCUGUCGCUGGGAACACGUCAUUUGCCAAAGCAUAGGGCUCCAUGACAGCCAGUGCAUUGCGCAGCCACUCGUCUGCAUUCUCCUCCUCCAGCCUGCCCUUCUCUAUAGCACCGCGCUUCACCCUGUCAAUUUGCUCGCUACGCGCUGGCUCUUGUUCAAACACUGCCCCAAGAAGACCGAGAAGCAUAUGAGAACGCAGUGCAUAGUCUAGAUUGUCCAUGCUGUAGCCCUUUGUCUCCUCGGCCGCCACAGCCGCCAUAAAAUCUACCUCCUCCUCGCUCCCAAGCUCAUGAAGCCAGCCAAACAUGGCCGCAACAGAUCCUGCACCACCAUCAGGCCAGCCACACCAGCCCACCUCGCUUCUACCCGUUUUAUCGUCUAUGUCUGGGGGCAGAGCUACAUCACUCACAGCGUGCCAGCGCUCGGGCCUAUAGUGUCUCUGCCAGUCCCAUACAUCGUAGCCGCCCUGGGCCAUGUAGAUGCCAAAGUAGCUUGGACCUCCGGCAUAGCCCAUUUCUUUCCGGACGUAGUCGAGCCAGAGGCGCGCCUGGGUCUCCGAAUAAGGCGCUACUUCAGGAUGCUGUUCCCGCAGGCGGGAGCUGCUGCUACGUAAGGUUUCAAUGGCAAUCUCUGUUAUUCUCUCCUUUGGUAGUGCCGUCUGCCAGUGAUAUGUCCCAUUGACGGUAUCGGCCCAUCGGGGCAGCUUGGUAGCAUGGGCAGCAGGUUUCUUCCGGCAAGUCCCUACUGGGUCGUCGGAGAAAGGCAGAUGGCGCAGGUUAGGAGGGCGCCAGAAGCGCGCAGUAGCUGGUUGAAGAAGAAAUUCGAGGGAGUAGUAUUGCUUCCAGAUAUCUUCAGUGAAAUACUUGCCAUAAGCGGUCAAGUAGUCGUUAAAAUUGUCCGUGUAGAGAUCAUCAACUAUGUAGGAUUCGUAGUACCAACCGCAGGCUACCUGGGACAUGUAAAAUGCA